GCGUGAUAGCGGAGAGACAUCGCGCAUUGGCUGCUUGGCGAGACCCGGCUCACCACUAACCUCGCAGAAUGAGACGACAAGAAGAACAUGGUCUAUCACGUCCUUCGAUAACGACAUUUUGAUGGGACCCACAACAGUUAUUGAUGCGAUGGAGGCUACGAGGUUAAAGAUCGCAGGUGUUCGCUGAUGGCUUCCCUUUGCGGCAUGCUUUACACGAGCCUGAUGAGACUCUUUCGCGGGCUGUCGCGCACGUAAACCUGAGAAGAUAGUGAUCUUUCUUGACAGUACUUGUCGUUCAACGAAGACACCUGAAAUCAUGGCCGACGAAAAAGAGGUUGAGCCCAAGGUGACGUCCACGUCCAAGGGCAAGACCGUCUCGGAGAAGAACGCCGACGUGACGCUGCGGCUUCUCGAGCAGCAUGGCGACGAGUUCGGUCCCCUGACGCCCGAUAUGGAGAAGAAGAUUCGUAGGAAGCUCUAUCUUCGCGUCAUGACUCUCCUGUCGGCCAUCAACAUCAUGCUUUUUGUUGACAAGUCGACACUCGGUUACGCAGCUAUCUUAGGCCUCUUUGAGGAAACUGGUAUCAGACAAGCCCAAUACAACAACUUGAACACGAUGUUCUACGUUGGCUACCUAGCUUUCCAAUGGCCAGGCCACAUCCUCAUGCAGAAGCUCCCCUUUAGCAAAUACGUAGCCAUCACAAUCUUCAUCUGGUCCGUCCUCAUCUUCCUCCACUGCGCGGCAACCUCCUACGCCGGCCUCAUCGUCCUCCGCCUCCUCCUCGGCGCCGCCGAGGCCACCAUCGUCCCCGCGAUGGAAAUCACAAUCGGCAUGUUCUUCAACCGCCGCGAGCAGUCCUACCUCCAGCCAGUCCUCUGGAUCACCUGCCAGGCCGCGCCCCUCGUCACCGGCUUCCUCUCCUACGGCCUCCUCUACGCCGAGGGACCCGUCCUCCCCUGGAAGCUCCUCCACAUCGUCACCGGCGGCCUCACGCUCUUCCUCGCCGUCUGGGUCUGGUUCGAGUACCCCUCCAACCCGGCCGAGGCCCGCUUCCUCACCUUGGAAGAAAAAAUCCACGUCAUCCGCCGCGUCCACGCCGCGCAGCAGAGCUCCAUCGAGCAGAAGCGCUUCAAGCGCGAACAAGUGCUCGAGACCCUCCGCGACCCGGUAUCCUGGCUCUUCGCCCUGCAGUCCUUUACGCUAAUGUACUCCAACAACCUAAACUACGGCCAAAAGAACCUCAUCACCACCUCCAUCGGCAUCAAGCCCCUCGGCUCGACCCUCGUCGCCGCGGCCGGCGGCGCCUUCGGCAUCCUCUGCUGCGUCGUCGCCACCCUCGCCCUCCGCCGCUGGCCCAGCAACCUCGCCCUCCACGGCACCCUCUGGUGCAUGCCCGCCGUCGCGGGCGGCAUCGCGAUGAUCACCAUCCCCUGGGACCGCAAGAUCGGCCUCCUGGCGUGCCUGAUCCUCGCGGCGGCGACGUACGGCGUGACGUACAUCAUCGCGCUGGGGUGGACGACGUCCACGGCGGCGGGGUACACCAAGAAGCUGACGCGGAACGUCAUGUUCAUGCUGGGGUACAGCGUCGGCAACCUCGUGUCACCGCAGAUCUGGGUGCCGGCCAACGCGCCGCGGUUCUACGGCGCGUGGGCGUCCAUGAUCUCGGUGAGCUGGAUCGGGACGCCGGUGAUUUUGUGGAUUAUUCGGUUCAUACUCGUGCGGAGGAAUAAGGAGCGGUUGGAGUAUAUCGCUGGGCUGAGCGAGGACGAGCGGGACGGGUGGGUUGAGCAGGUUGACGAGGGCGGCGAGACGGUUCGGGUCAAGGUCGAUUUGGCGGUUUUGGAUCUGACGGAUCUGCAGAAUAAGCAGUUUCUAUACCCCAUAUGA